CUGCCAGCGUGUCGUCGGCGUCCUCGCAGCACGACCUCUCGAUGCGCGAGCUCACCGAGAAGAUCGCCAAGCUCAAUCACAAAGUGGAAGAACUCAAGAGCGAGAAGAAAGAGUACAAGAAGAAGUACCAGGAGCAAAAGAAGCUGACGGCAACGGCUGAGGCGGAGGUUCAGCGUCUCAAGGAAAGCACUUCCCGCGGUGAGCUGAACCAAGAACAGCAAAAGGCCAUCGCAAAGGCAGAGGCUAACCACCAGGAGCUGCUCCAGCUAGUUAGGCAAGGCUUCUCGGACGUGACUAUCGAGAUUCUAAGGUCGACGCGACACUAGCUGGCUAGCUAGCUUAAUCGUAAGCGCUACCAUAAAAAUUAAAUAUCCUUUAACAUAGAGACUGAAUCUUACCUACUAUUUACA